GUUGUAGGGAAAACGAUGGGUGAAGAAGGAGGCGGUGUUGAUGGUUCUGGACAUGGAACAUAAACGAUCUCAUGUCUGACGCUCUUCGUCUAUUCAUACUAUUUUCGGAUGACAAAGCUAAAAACCCGUUCCGCACCAGUUCUCUGCGUCUCUAAAACAUCCAGAUCUUCUAUUCUUUUCUCCAGAAUCGCAAGAAAAAGAAGAAGCUGAACCUCAAAUCUCAGUUCUUCUUCGAUUUCAAAAUUCCAGUGAUGUGGCUCCUGAUAGCUCUUCUGCCCUCUGUGGCUCUAGCGCAGAACACCUUUCAAAACACUAUUUUUGACCUACCAGCUCAGCUAGGUGGUGAGCCAGUUGGUGUCGCUGCUCAAGCUCAGGGAGCCCCACUUUUUGUGCAAACCGCUGAUCAGAAGCCACCAGCAGUUGCCGCGCCACAGCUUCCAAAUGCUGUUCCAGUAGCACCACAAGCUGCUGUCACACCAGCUCCAUUCACCUUCCCAACUCUUCCAACAGUUGCUCCAUUCACUCUUCCAAGCCAUCCAACAUUGGCUCCAUUUACCCUUCCAACUCAUGCUCCAUUCACAUUCCCAACUCAUCCACCAUUGGUCUUCCCACCACCAAGUACUCCAGCUCCAUUUGUUCCACCAAGCCCAUACGCAUUUGUUCCACAACAAGGAUACCAACAACAGAACAACUUCCAACAAUAUUAUGGAUAUCCACAACAACAGCAACAAGGAAAUCAAUAUUAUAACAAUAAUAAUAAUAAUAACGGAUACUACAAUCAGCAACAACAGCAGUUCAACGGAUACAACAACAACUACAACAAUAACAACAAUCAGCAGCAACAGUUCUACAAUAAUAAUAAUAAUAACUACAACAAUAACAAUUACAAUAAUAAUAACAACUACAAUCAGCAACCGCAAGGUGCUCAACAACCACAGCAACAAGUCCAACAACAAGUUCAACAGCCUCAGCAACCUGUCCAGCAACCUCAACCAACUCCAAUUCGUCCACCACAGCCACAACGUUCCGGCCAACAGCCAGUGCAAUCUUUCGAGUCACAUACCCAAAUCGUGCAACCAGUGAGAGCUGUUCAAGCUAAUGCUCAACUUGUUCAGCCAGUCAUUCGGCCAGCUGCCAGCGCAGUUGCCACCGCCGUAGUUGAUACCGAUUCAUCUGCCAAGAAGGCCACAGAAUUUAACAAAGCUAAUGGAAUUGAACAACCAAAGCCAGCUCAUGCUGAAAAGGCUUCUCUUGAUGCUGAGGUGGAUGCCAAUGUUGACCGUCAUUUGUGGUUCUCUGCGGAUUAUGAUGUGAAGCAAUGUCGCAAGGGACUCAACGGAAUCGGAGUUAGAUUCCAAAAGAAGUUCCCAUCAUAUCUACAAAAGGGAGGAAAGGAUAGAGAACUCGCCGAGCUCGUCGAGCAACGACUUUUGGAAUGUGAGAGAAAAUCAUCGGCUUCUCACUGGGACAAGGUUGACACACUUUUGCAAAAGAUUAGUUUGACAAACAGCGAAGAGGGAGAAUGCCGUGCAGGACUUAUUCAAGAGCGUAUCUCAUGUGUUAACCUUCUGAAAUACGCGUGCCAAUUCGUCGACUCUUCUUAUCAUUUCAAGCUUGUUCCAGCAAGAAUUACUAUUCAAGAAGCUCGUCAAGCUGAGAGUGGAGCUGAAAAGUGCAGACAAGUAAUCAGAAUUGUGAAGCAGCGCCUAGAGUCUGGAGCUGUAACUCUGUAAAUGUGAGAAGUAAAAUUGGAAAGAUUAUUGUGUAAAUAGGCGCCUAAUUUGAAAUUUAUUUAUUUUUGGAAUUUUGGUGUGCAAUAAAAAUAAUAAAUAAUUUAUUUAUA